AUGGACCGUAGUAGACCUACAUUUGAAUCUUUAUUUGGAUUUCAAGAACUAUAUACCAUUCGUUGCAACACUUGCAAUCAUACAACGGCCAACAAUGCACCUACAAGUUUGAUUCUACAUUUGCAGAUUCCACAGAACAGAUCACAAACUUGGCAAACAUUAUUUUCAACAAAUCAAAAUGUUUGGAAUACAUUAGAUGACUACAGAUGUAAUAAUUGUAAUAACAUCGGAGGUUCUGAAAAUAAACAUCAUAUAAUAGUGGCAAAUGAGUAUAUAGUAAUUCAACUAAAACUGUUUACUUCAACAUUUGUAAAUGGUCAAUUUGUUCCCAACAAGAUAACAGAUCUAAAACUAAGUGGCGUACCCACCUCUAUUUUGGAAAUUGCUGGAGCACAAUACAAAACUCAAGCCGCAAUAUUACAUAUGGGAGAAAACACGAGCUCUGGCCAUUACAUAGCAUACCUGAGACAAGGAACUUCCAAUUGGGUUUGCGCCAAUGACACAACAGUUGCAGAAAAAAGGUGGCCAAACAACAGCAAGGAUGUAUAUGUUAUCAUUCUAAAAAGAAUGUAA